AUGACAGCUAAUAGCAAAGAAAGAUUGGCGUCCCGCGAUGGAAUCCAGAGCGUCGAAAAUGCCAGCAAUGCUAGUACAGAGCUGAAAAGCCGUCUGCUCGGGGUGGCAACGGCGACCUUGUCAGCGUCUCAUGGCUACAUCCCCGAAAUCGAAGAGUUCGGCAAGACGCUCAACGCCCGUUCCAAAAGGCCGUCAUCUUCAGGAUUGCCCACAUUUUUGCGCCAGUUGAGAAAGAACCAAGCAACUCUGGAAGACAUGGUUCAAGACUCGCUGCAUUCCCAGCUUCCAGACGACGCGCUUCGACAGCUCGGGAGAAAGCUGGAAAUCUGCGCUGUCAACAUUUCCCAUGGUUCACUACACUGGAGCGUGCUGAAAAGAUGCCGCUCCCUUGUUUCCAUCAACCAAGCUUUUCAGGGAUCUGACAGGGACAUGCGGAAAAGAGAAGUGGAAAAAAUGUGUUUGACUGGGCGCGAGAAAGAAGCAGCACAUCGGACCAUCAAGGCACAGGCCAAAGUUGAGGCACAUGUUGUCCAAGGCGGUGCGGAGUGGCUUGUCGUUCACACACUUCAGCCAGACCGACUGGCGAGACAAAUGACAGAUAGCGGAUGGGGAUGGGGUGAGCACAAUGUUGGGGAUGCCGUCGACGAGCAGGAAUGGGAGGACGUCAUGCUCGCGAAACAAGUCAAGCGACUCGUCGCGGCGGCGAGAAUAAACCGCCACGAGUACCGGAUCCCACGACUCAGGAUAGUCAUGCCCAAUAUUGGCAAAGAGAACAACGACAUCAAUGUGCUUCUUGAACAACUUGGUCGGGUCGACCCCGGAGUUGAAAUUAUCGUCGAGGGCCGAGACGGCGAAUUCUUAAAAACACCACCCCCUGAACUUGAUGUUGCCAUCAGAAAUUUACUGGGCCAUGAGUUUGGCGGGCUCACAGAUACGUUGAACAUGGACCACACGAUUCUGAUUGAUUUGAUUUCGGACAUUACACAUUUCCGCCUGGAACCUAAACCGUGGCAAGAGGAAACAACAAGAGCGCAGAUAGAAGAAGAGAUGGAACAUGAUGGCGCCAUGGUGAAAGCACUGUACCCAAUUAUUGAGAACAGGACGCUAGUUUGUACGAGAGAAGCGGCCGAGCAUUUUCACGACGUCCUCGCCACCGUGGGGACAAGCUCGGAGAAAGAAAGGGGAAACCUUCUCGUCCCAUUUGCCCAAUUUUAUAGAGACCAGUCAGAGGCUGCUCUUCGGUCGCGGUUCGAGGAGCUUUCGGCACACGCUCUGCCAAGUACAGUCCAGAUCCCCAUAAAAGUUGUCGAUGAACGCUGGACUUGGCCUGAAAUCGAGCAAGCAGCUAGCAGCUCGCGGCUCCCGGCGAUGGCCAUUGACGUCGCUCGCCACAGCGGCUUCAAGAGCAGCAAGCUCUCCAUCUUCAUGUAUGGAUGGGCCAGUGGCAAUGUCACGCUGACGUCGAACAAGGAGAUAAAGGGCAAUAUCAAGACCAUGGUUGAAACGCAUCGACGGGGGGAUGACGACUACGGGCCUUCGAUUUGGCGAUUGGACGUUACGAGGAAUUUGCUGGCAAAGAGUUCGUCGCCUCGUGGCCAUGAUGGCGAGGGCAUGUAA